AUCCAGCCCGCCCUUCGAGGACCUUGCCCACCGCCAUCCACUCAUGUGCGGCCGCACGCGCCAGAGCCUCUCCGCCGACGCCCUCGCGCGGCAUGCGCCUACGUUGGGCGGCCGGACGACGCACUGGAAGCCGAGCGCGGCGGCGGCGCACUCGCCGCGGCAGAACGCGAGCCCCGGCUCGUCGCUCGCCGUCGUGGUGCAGGCGGGCGAAGCGGGACCGGCGCAGCACCUCUCCGUCAUGCGGUGGGGGCUCGUCCCAUCCACCAGCCCACUCGGCAGCAAGCCAGACUUCUGGCGGAUGUUCAAUGCGCGGUGCGAGACGGUCGACUCGCUCGCGUCCUUCCGGCGGCUGCUCGGCCGCCGCCGCUGCGCCGUGCCGCUGAGCGGCUGGUACGAGUGGACGGACGACGAGUUCAAGGAGGUCAAGACGAAGCAGCCGUACUACGUCGGCCGCGAGGGCGAGGCCGAGGCGCCGCUCUGGGCCGCGGGUCUGUGGGACAGCUGGGAGGGCACCGAGGGGGCGGUCGAGUCGUUCACGAUUAUGACGCGCGACGCGGCGCCCGACCUCGCCUGGCUGCACGACCGGCAGCCGGUGCUGCUCGACGCUGAGGGCCUCGCGGCGUGGGUCGGAGAGGCGGCAGAGGCAGACGCUCUCGCGGAGAUGCGGCGGUGUGCGCGGCUCGGCGCCGGCGGGCUGCGGUGCCACCCCGUCUCGAAGAAGAUGUCCAAGGCCUCGUACCAGGAGGAGGACGCGUGCGCUCGCGUCACGCUCGCAUCGAGGCAGCAGCGCUCGGUCGCCGCAUUCUUCGGAGCGAAGGCCGCCCCGUCCCCGGCAGCCAAGGAGGAGGCACCGGGAGGCAAGGAGCUUGCGGCGGCGGCGGCGGCGGCGGCGGGGAAGCAGCCCGCCGCAACCGGCCACAAGCGCGCGUCGCCGGCAAGGGAGACGAAGCGGCCCGCCCCGGGAAGCAUCCAGAGCUUCUUCAAGCGGCCUAAGCCUGGCUGACUUGAUUUCUUUGCGUAAAACGUGAGAAAGUGCGGACUGGCUCGUGCUGGCACUAAUUUAAAGAAUUUUAGAACCAAGGUAGGAAGGAAGGUAGGAAGGUGAAGAACAGCCAGGCUCGGACUGGACACCAACGCGGUAUGGGAAAACAAAGCUCU